UGAAGAAAACAUUCCAGUGCAUGUACAGAUUAUACCAGGAUUCAAAUCCCUUCGUGGCCAUGGAAACCCAUUGUGUGUUCUUAGGCAAGUGAAAGUCUCAGAAUCAGAAGAAGUCAAGGGCUUCCCCCUUGCCAAGAAAAUCCUAUAGUCAGAAAUGACUUGUAGGCACAUAACAAAUAGUAGCAGCAGUGGUAAAAAUGAGGGUGGUGAAUUGUGUACAUACUCAUGAGUCAAUAUAUCCAUAGCUCAAUACAGCCCAACUUGUGCUAUUUAUAUUCAUUUUGAUCACAAUCUAAUUUCCACAUAUCUAAGAGGGAUCUCUUUUUGAAUGGAAUUCCUACUUCUGAUUAGGUAUUGUAAAUAAUCACAGUGUUCAGUUAUACUUUUAAAUCCUUUUCAAUUGUCUUAAUUUUAAAUAUAUAUAUAUAUCUGGAUUUUCACCUGCAUUAUUUUUUGCAUGCUCAGGUGACUCAAAAUGGACCCACAUUGACUUUAUUCUUCACAUGUUAAUGACAUAAUAUUUAUGUUUCCAAUACAAAUUUUCUUGGCCGCCUUAUAUUUCAGCUUUAGAGUAUUACUUAUAACAAUCAUGGUCAGCCAUAGUAUCUGUGACAAUUCCUCAGUGACUCUCAAAGUGUCUGCAAAACAUUCAUGUUCACUGCAUGUACUAAAUGGCAUGAAAGAGAGGGAAGUGUUUUUAAGUUCAAGGAAAUUGUAAGUAAAAAGUGAAGCAGACAGAAUUUUCAAAUGACAUUCGGUGUUCUCUGUUUAUAAAACGCUAUAGAGCAUGAAGCAGUCUCUGAAUUGCUGUAUUUCUAGCUCUGUGUUCUUUUAAGAUAAACUAUGAAUUUUGGCUGCUUCACCUUUUCUUUAGAUUCAAAAUAUGGCAUGAUAUCUGAAGCACACAAUUCUGAGCUAAUUUUCUUUUUUCCCUCUUCUUCACUGAGUUACUUUGCGUCUGCAUUUUUCUUCUUUUGUAGUUAGGCGAGGAUAGAUUAGAAUUAGGUUGCAGCACAGAUUGGGAAAAUCUCCCAGCAUCCUCUUCCUGCAGAGGCAUCAUCUACCAACACUGCUUUAGCUGCAGCUAUUCAACUGACAUUUCUUUUUCCAUUCUGAUAUGGAAGACUCCCGUGAUUACAGCUCCUGCUGUCUCAACUUUUAACUAUAUAUUUUCCUGCUUGAUAAGCAAUAAGCUUGUGGGGGACAGUGGAAUAGAACAAGGAAAUGGAAUAUUCUCUGGAUUUUUUUUUGUUCAUUUUUAUGUGUCUAGAAGAAACAAUACACAUCUGAAAGAGGCAUAGCUUCCUGUAGUGACUGCAAUUAUUCAUCUAAAGUUACCUAAUUUAAUUCUGGCCACUAGCAUGGAUCUUAAGUGUGCUUUGGAAGAAUGUUCAAUGGCACUGAAUUUAUUUCUAAACAACAAAUUCUCAGAAGCUCUGGAAUUGCUUCGUCCAUGGUCUAAAGGCAGUAUGUACCACGCAUUGGGUUAUAGCACUAUUUUAGUCAUGCAGGCUGCAAUGACAUUUGAGCAACAGGAUAUCCAAAUGGGGAUUGCUACUAUGAAAGAGGCAUUACAGACUUGCCAAAAAUUCAGGAAAAGAAACACAGUGGUAGAAUCAUUGUCCAGCUUAGUUUCAAAACAGACUGUUGAUCAGCUGAGUGAAGAGGAAAUGCAUGCAGAAAUCUGUUAUGCUGAAUGUUUACUACAAAAAGCAGCACUGACGUUUGUACAGGAUGAAAAUAUGAUCAACUUCAUCAAGGGGGGCCUCAAAAUCAGGACGAGUUACCAAAUAUACAAAGAAUGCCAUCAAGUCCUCCAGAUGACCCAAGACAACAAAAGCAGGAAUGAAAUCUACCACCAGUUUGAAGGGGGUGUGCAACUAGGAAUAGGAGCAUUCAAUUUGAUGCUGUCCCUUUUACCAGGAAGAAUCCUUCGGCUUUUAGAAUUUAUUGGAUUUUCAGGCAACAGGGAGCUAGGCCUCCAGCAGUUGCGGGAAGGAGCUUCUGGUGCCACUCUGCGAGCCAUUCUGUGUACUUUUACCUUGCUGCUCUACCACACUUACGUUUCAUUAAUCCUUGGGACAGGAGAAGCCAAUCUUGUAGAAGCAGAAACCCUUCUACAGCCUUACCUUGAGAAGUUUCCAAAGGGUGCCAUCAUUCUGUUUUAUGAUGCCAGAAUAGACAUAUUGAAAGGAAAUUUUGAAAAGGCUCAGGUCACAUUCCAGGAAUGCAUUAAAGCACAGCAAGAAUGGAGGCAGAUCCAUCACCUUUGCUACUGGGAGUUGAUGUGGUGCUACUCCUUCCAACAGGACUGGCUUCAAGCAUAUCGGUAUGCAGAUCUGCUUUGCAAAGAAAGCAGGUGGUCAAAGGCAAUAUAUGUGUUCCAGAAAGCUGCCAUUUUGUGUAUGCUUCCAGAUUCCGAUGUGAAAACAACAGGAGAAGACAUUGUUGCCUUGUUUAGGCAAGUAGAAAGUCUAAAGCAGAGAAUCGCAGGGAAAUCUAUUCCAACAGAAAAGUUUGCUGUGAGGAAAGCGCGGCGUUAUGGGGGCACUCAGCAAGUGAAGCUAAUAGUUCCUGCUCUGGAAAUGAUGUAUGUUUGGAAUGGCUUUUCAAUUGUUGGCAAGAGGACUGAUCUCACUGAAAAUUUAUUAGUAACAAUUGAAAAAGAAGAAACCACUUUAAAAAAUGAAACCAAUCACAACGAAUACUACAUGGAUGACUCCUGUCUACUACAACUGCUAAAAGGGCUGUGUUUGAAACAUUUAGGAAGAUUCUUGCAAGCAGAGCUCUGCUUCAAUCAAGUUAUACAAAGUGAGAAGCAACUGAAGUAUGAUAAUUAUCUAGUUCCGUAUUCAAUGUACGAGUUGGGUCUUCUAUACAAACAACAGGAUGAGAGAGAAAAAGCAAUAAGAUGUAUAGAAGCUGCAAAAAACAAUUAUAAGGAAUAUUCUAUGGAGUCCAGGUUACACUUCAGAAUCCACGCAGCACUUAACAGUAUGAAAGUGACUCCUGCUCCAACGCCUUGAUGUUAUCCGAGAGUGAAGUGUCUACACAUUGUUCUUGGAAAGCUUACAGAAAUCAUGUAAAUGAUGUAACAAAAGAGAUGUAGUUUAUAUUUUCUAUCAUUUGUGAUAUUUAAAUGUUAGUCAUCCUUUUGAGCAAUUAUUUUUUUCUAUGGUGCAUUCCAUAUCUCUGCUUGACAUUUUAGAAGAAGACCUUAUAUUUUGUUUAUAAGAGGAAUAAUUUCAUGAUUGACACGAAAGAGAAGUAUUUUAAAAAAACAUUGCUGGUGCAAUAAAGAGUAACUCAGACACUUUAUUUUUUUAUGAGAAGACUAAUAUUGUUUAUGCAUGAAACUGUGUGUUGACUCUACUCAUAGUUUCACCAUUAAAUGAAAGCUUGAAUUUCUGCAAUACGUUUAUUAUAAAUUAGGACUUUUUAAAAAGUUGGCUGCUGGUAGCCCUAGUUGUGUUGACAGUUAGAUUUUACAUACCAAAGAUCUGAUUUGUUAUAUUGUAGCCAAAAAGAAUGAAUGGCUUAAAGUCAUUUCAUGAAUGUUAGCUUAAAUUCAGUGCAAUAUACUGAUAAUAUAUGUCUGAAAAAAGUAGGGUAAGACAAUAUUUUGCCCCAUAAAGAAAUGUUUAAGAUACAUUUUAUUCUACCAAAUGGUGGUAGCAAUUCAAUUGGUUGUCCUGCUAUAUGUAUUUAAUUUACUGAUGUUACUGUGUAGUGAAUUGUAUAAUAAGAAAAAAAACAUAAUCUCCAAGGGCCAGUAGGUUUUAUGUUCACUUUCAAAGAAGGUGUCUUGAAAUUCCAGUUUCUUUAUGAAUAUAUUUGCAGAAAAUGUAUACCCAAAGUGUAUACUUGGGAUAUUAUCACAGAAAAGCAUUUUACACAGUGAUAUUUUAAAAUGUUGAAACUUUCUUAGUGUCUAGCUUACUCUUUUAUUAAUAUCACCAUCCUAUGUGCAUAAAAUAGUUUCUUGCUGUUGAGCCUGCAAACAGAGGCACAUUUCCAGAGGCAUGCACAUACAGCUCAUUAAGGCAAAAUAUUGAAAAAGAGUUGCAGGAAACCUUGACUUACAAUACACAUUUUGCAGUUGUAUCUGCUGAAAGCAGAAAAAGCUAAACAAUAUAGCAGACCAUUAAUCUUUGUUUGCUGUUACAGGCAAACUGAGAACUUUGACUUAUCUCUCCCCCAGCAAGCCAGAACAAUAAAUCAAGAACAUGACUGCAAUAUGGCCGAGUGAAAACAAGCAAGAAUUCCCAGUUCAUACAUUAUAGUAAAUAACCAUAGAUAAAAGGGUGCAUAGUUUGUUCAGCCAAGUAAAAAUCAUCAAGCAAUCUGAACUUGGAACUUUCACAAUAAGCCAAAUACAGCCACUAUAUUCAGAUUCUAGUUUUGUACCAUUUAAUGGAAAUGUAGCAGAAAGCAAGAAUCACUUCUGUUGUUUCAGACAUAAAUCUAUCUAUUUGUUGUGAAUAUUCCUUAGCUUCCUAUUUUUCAUAUGUUUCCAUAGCUCCAUUAUGUAUUAACAGCACAUAGUGCUAUUAGUAUCAUUUGAGGCUGUUAAUGUUAGGCACUCUUUGUGAAUUAUGAGGUGCUAAAUUAAUGAAAAAGUUGGGCCACUAGAGUUUUUAAUUUUUUAAGAUUUAGUCUUGAAAUAAUUGAUUAUCACAAUUAUGCUGAUGGAAGCUGCACACAAAUUCAUAUUCAUAAACAGCAGUACAAUAUAUCCUAUAUUUCUUAGCACAUGUUUGCAAACUAAUAAAUGGGUAUUUUUAACUGAUAGAUUGCUGACAUUUAUGUCCAACAGCCUUCUUCUUCUGUUUCUCACUAUAUUUUAUUCUGCAGUACCUUUCACUGUGCAUUCUUUUCCAGUUGCUGGCACCCUCCGUGUGCAGUAGUAGAGGAGGCAUUUAUCUCUUUCUUUCAGCAUCAAAAGAUCAUUGUAAUAGAACAUCAAGGAGCAGGUCUGCCUUGUUAAAUUCAAAUUCUAAGGAAGCACAUUUGUGCCAAUUUGAGAGGACACAUGUCAUGUUUCCAGAGAUUAGUGUUAAUUUUCUCGAAAAACACUUACUAUAUGAUCAGCAUAUUUAGCUUUUUGCUUUAAUCCCUUCUGCUAGCUAGGAUGCAUGUUUAGGACAUUAUUUAAGUUUCAACAUGAGCUUGCAGAGAAGGAGGUUUUGUAACGUUUCUCUUUUUUACUGCCUGGUGACUGUUUUCAUCUUGUUUUUUAAAUACACAGGCCACAAGUAUAUUUGCAAAUUAGAAUUCUUUUGUGUGUCCAUGUUUGCAUGUACAGAACUUCUUUAAUGGCACUGGAUGUAUUUAAUACAUGCUUUUAGACAAGCACAUGGUAACCAUGUGGGGCCACUUCUAGAUUUAAAUAAUUGUGAUGUUAAAUAUAGGGAGGCGGUUUCUCACUGUGCUUAACUCAAUCUCGCUCCUAGUUAUAAUUUUGCAAUGAAAUUACUACAUCAAUUAUAUCCUUAUGCUAUAUAUUUAAAUGUUGUUUCUUUUAGUGACAUGUUUCUUAAGUAUAUAUUCGCACACUGCAUUGUGCUUUUAAUAACUGGCAAUGGUUUUCACCGUCUAAUAAAAAUAUUAAUGAGAGAUGAUCUGUCAUGUAGAAGGGAGAUUAUUAAAGAUUUCAUUUAUGUAAAUUGUCCUGGUUAUGGUUGCCAGCUGUUUUGUAACUUUAUCAAGGCCAGAGAAUAAUAUGGUAAAUAGAUUUAGAGUAUUUUGCCAGUUGCACUACAAUGUUUGAUAACUAUCCUAUAUCAGGAACAAAAUCAUUCUCCAGUUAUGGUUCUAAUACUAAACUUGACUGUGAAUGUACUUUUUGUUCUCCUAUUGCAUAGCUUAAAAAUAGUUAUAUUUGUAUUAGGUAUUAUUUUUAUAGUGCUGAUUGCAUUUUAUUUUACCAAGCUGUAUAAGAGGGGAUUCGUUUAUUUAAAAGAAAUGAAAUAGACUGAUAGUCCAACUUGUACAAACAUGGUUGGAUGCAAGUCUGGCUUGGGUUCAGUGGAAUGUACAUCCAAGUAUUCGUGCAUACAUGGGCUUGCAGUUUUAAUGUGCCGCUUGCAGUGUAGCACAAGAUUUGUAAUACUGUAACUGAUCAGAAUUUGGACAGCUAUGAUAGCCAUAUCUUGGUGUGAAUUUGUCACAUAAUUCUGUUAUCUUUUCUUCCUAUGAUAGGAAGGGCAACAAAAUAAAAAUAUGCAUUUAAACGAA